CCAUGCAGUUUCCAUAGCAACGGCCCCCUCCGGCGGCCCUUCUGACGUCUUGACGCUCGACGCCGGGCCCGGUCUGUCAACGGAGAAUCCCCUUCGGCUCUGCUGAAGCGGCCUGACCGGUUGAGGAGGCAGGAGAGACGGCGGCGCUGAGGGCUUAGGCCUGGGUCUCUUUCUUUGCCGUUCCCCUCUCUUCCCUUCCCGCCGGCUUUGCUCUUCCCUGCCCGGCGAGCCGCCAUGCUGGUGCCCGUCUUCACCCUCAAGCUCAACCACAAAAUCCUGCCCCGCAUGGUGGCGCUGGGCAGGUACGACGGCACCCAUCCCUGCCUGACGGCGGCUACGCAGGCCGGCAAGGUUUUUAUUCAUAAUCCUCAUGCACGUGGUCAGCGCAUCAGUGCCAACCGUUUGGUGCUUAGUGCUCAGGACUCUGAUAUUUCUCUUCUGAACAUUAAUGAGGCAGUCAGUUGCUUGACAGCCGGGGUCCUGAACCCCACCCUUGGCUAUGAUUCCCUUCUGGUUGGCACGCAGACCAGUUUGCUGGCAUAUGAUGUACACAACAAUGCUGACUUGUUUUAUGAAGGAGUUCCAGAUGGAGCCAAUGCGAUGGUGCUUGGAACAUUAGGAGGCAUUUCCUCACCUCUUGCAAUUAUUGGUGGUAAUUGUUCCCUGCAGGGCUUCAAUCAUGAAGGGAAAGACCUUUUCUGGACGGUCACUGGUGACAAUGUACGCUCACUGGCAUUAUGUGACUUUGAUGGUGAUGGGAAAAAUGAGCUUCUUGUUGGAUCUGAUGAUUUCGAUAUUAGGGUUUUUAAAGAAGACGAAAUUGUAGCAGAAAUUUCAGAGACUGAGACUGUCACGGCACUAACCCCGAUGUGCACCUGCCGAUUCGGCUAUGCCCUUUCCAAUGGGACAGUUGGGGUCUAUGACAAGAUGUCUCGCUAUUGGAGAAUUAAAUCUAAAAACCAGGCCGUGAGCAUACAUGCAUUUGAUCUCAACGCUGAUGGUGUGAAUGAACUGAUAACCGGUUGGUCCAAUGGAAAGGUUGAUGCACGCAAUGACCGAACUGGAGAAGUAAUCUUCAAGGAUAAUUUUGCUUCCUCCAUUGCGGGGAUAGUGGAAGGAGAUUACCGAAUGGAUGGUAACACCCAGUUAAUCUGCUGCUCAGUUGAUGGGGAAGUGCGAGGAUACCUGCCAGGAAGCCACGAGAUGAAAGGAAACUUUGUGGACAGCACUGCAGAGCAGGACCUGAUUAGAGAGCUUAGUCAGAAAAAACAAAAUCUGCUGCUAGAGUUACGGAACUAUGAAGAAAAUGCGAAGCAAGUGGAACUGAACACUCAAGUGACCGAGAUGGAUGGGCAGAGGGGUGUGAUUCCAGCUAACACCCAGCUUCAGACAACACUCACAGUGAAUCUGGGCUCAGACAGUCAAUCUGCUCAUGUCGAGCUAUGCAUUUCCACAUCAAAUGACACUAUCAUCCGAGCUGCACUGAUCUUUGCGGAAGGAAUAUUUGAAGGUGAGAGCCAUGUGGUUCACCCUCAUCUUCAGAAUAUCUCAAGUUGCACCAAAGUUCCUCUCACUCCUCCCAAAGAUGUCCCAGUGGAUUUACACAUCAAGGCCUUUGUGGGUUACAAGAACAGUAUGCAGUUCCAUGUUUUUGAGCUCACAAGGCAACUCCCUCGCUUUGCCAUGUAUACACUCAGUAAACCAGACUCUGCUCCUGAACCUCGGAGCUAUGUAAAAUUCACGAUCAGUGAGAGAGUACAAAGGGUUGUCAUGUGGGUGAACCAGAAUUUCUUGCUAACAGAAGAAAUGGAGACCCAAAGCACAUCAUUUCAAGUCUGCUUCACCUCCCUGCGUAAUGCAGGGCAGCUAUGCAUCAAAAUCAGUCCCAGCGGGGAGAUCUCCAUUAACACCGAUGACAUUGACUUGGCUGGUGACAUAAUCCAGUCGAUGACUUCCUUUUUAGGAAUAGAGGACUUGCAGGUUGAGGCAGAUUUCCCAGUGUAUUUUGAGGAGCUGCGCAAGGCCCUGAUCAAGGUGGAUGAGUCUUAUUCCGUGUGUCAGAAGCUUACAACCAACAUGGCUGACAACUCUAACCUCAUCCGUAGCAUGCUAGUUCGAGCAGAAGACUCUCGCCUCAUGGGUGACAUGAAAAAUAUGAAGAAGCGAUACAUGGAACUGUACAAUCUCAACAAAGAUUUGCUGUCGGAGUAUAAAAUCCGUUGCACCAAUCACACAGAGUUCUUAAAUAAUCUCAAGGCAAUAAAUCAAGCUAUCCAAAGAGCAGGACGCCUGCGGGUGGGUAAGCCCAAGAUGCAAGUGAUCGCUGCUUGUCGCGACGCUAUCAAGAAUGACAACAUCAAUAUGCUGUUUAGAAUCAUGCGUGUAGGAACAGCCUCGUCUUGAUCGGAAUGGAAGAUGGAGCUGAGUGUUUUCAGAUGAUCUCCACAAUAGGCCGCGGCAUCAGAGACAUGGGCAGAGAGCGGCAGGUUGAGGGGUCACUCUUCCUGUCAGAUCAGCCCCAGCAACUGCUUGGUAAGCAGAACCCUCGCUCAAAGUAGCAUGUGCAGGUGUCUGGCGCGAUGUAGAAGGGGCAGUGGCUCUUUUCCUCUAAGAGACGUAGAGUAAUGAGCACACAAACGGCGAAGGAAAAGAGAUUUUGUUAAUUCAUCUACAGAAGAAUCAGGGCAAGAAAAUACUACAUGUAUGCCUCUUCAACUGUCAGGGACCCCUGGAAAAUGACAAAAGAUUCACCCCAUGGAACCAGCCAGCUGUGCUGUGGUUCAGUUCCAGGGGGUGCAUCUAUGGUUCUCGAGGGGUUCCUGGUAGCUGAAGGGGCAUAAAAGCAUAUUAUUCUCUUCUACUGGAUCUUCUAUUGUUGAGGUUUUCUUCUGUAGACUACUUGAUAAAAUCUACUCUCCUUCACCAUUUGUGCAUUCAUUGCCUCCACAUCCCUUAGAAGAAUCAAUGACCCUUAACAGUACACAUGGGUAGUUUUCUAUACAGAACAGAUCACGAUCUAUUGUAGGGGAUUAAGAAAGGAGAAACAUCAAGAUCCUUCUAUAGUCAUCUUGCAGUAGUUUUGAAGAGGUUCUAGAAAGCUUAGAAGCCCAACAGAAAGGCCCAGAAUCUAAAAGAGGAGUGAAAAGCAGUAGCAACUUACCUGCUUAGAGCCAUGUACAGUCUUUCUACUUUCAGAGUCAAUAGUAUUUUUGAAUAAUUUGGUUUUUCAAUAAAACAAGACAGACCUCA